AUGCAGACUAUACCUAUGUCACCAAGACGAUCGCCGGCGGACCUUGGAAACGCUGUGGUCCAAUGGACAAGAUGUACGAGAAGAGGGAGGAUGCUGGUUUUGAUGGCUUUGUUCAUCGUGGUAAUGCUCGGGACUAUGAGGCAUCACGAGCUCAUGCAUCAUCAGGCGUUAUCCUCAAAAUACCACACUCUAUCGUCAAGUUACGGGUGGCGACAGCAUCUUCCCAGUGUACACACGCCAUUCCAACCCUCGAACACGACGCUACAGCUCGAGAAUGGCGAAAUCGACCGUGUACCUACAGCGCUCAAGAAGACCACUCCCAACUUCCACCUUUUGAUAAUGCCAUCCGAGAAGGACUCCAAUGAUUUCUGCAAGACAACGUUAUCUGCAAUGCUGCUAAACUAUCCUCCGCCGAGUGCGAUCAACAUGCACAAGACGUUCGAGAAUGACUUUCAAAGGGAUAAUGCCACUUUAUUCCACAUCCAGAACUACCUCGACAACGACAAGCUAGUACACGAUGAGGACCUAGUGCUUAUUGUAGAUGGCCAGAACUCUUGGUUCCAACUCCCUAGCAUCGUGAUGAUCAAGCAGUACGAGAGUGUGCUGGAAGAUGCGAAUGCCCGGCUGCGGAAGAAGUACAGCACGAAUAGAUUCAACCAAACAAUCGUCUUCGGCGCAAUGAAGAGGUGUGAAGGGGGGGAUAUGGCCUGCCAAUAUGCGCCCCCUAAUCCUGUUGCCUUCGACCUGUAUGGAAAAGAUACAGACGGUAGGGUCAGGGAUAUGCCAGCGAAGUACUUGAGCUCGCAGACAAUUAUGGGACCAGCGAAAGACUUGAGGGUAAUGUAUAGGGCUGCUGUGGCAAAGUUCCUCGGGGAGGACGGCCAGGACCAGACGAUUCAGUCCGUGUUUGCAACUUUGUUCGGAGAGCAACAACUUGGAAGAGACGCAGCAGAAAAGGAGAAAGGCACGAAACUACGGAAGUUCUUGGGUGUAGAGGCGAAGUGGACAGGCGAGCAAAGACCAGAGACCACAAAUGUCACUCAGCAGCACGAGUACUCGAUGGGCCUCGACUACACGCACACGCUUUUCCAGCCAGUCAUCUACCGCGCUCAGAACGAGCUCGUCGCCUUGACGCACGACAACACGACGGAUCUCUCACAGUACCGUCAUCCGAACACUCUGACGCCGCAUCUUUCCUUACCCCCUGCGCUCAGCCAAGCACAGGCACCCUUCUGGCGGUCUGAUCCUCACCUGCACAACCCUUCACCAAACGACAAGCCCGCCUACAUCGACAAACUGGACUACAAUCUCAACAUCGACACUCUACCCGACCGCCACACGCCGUGGGCCAACGUCCCCCUCCUCCAGAACACAUACACUGGCGCCAUCCCCGCUGUCGUCCUCAACAGCCCUACCAUUACUCACAAGGACACAUCCACCAUAAACCCAAGCUGGAACACGAUGUGGUACUCACACUACAAACGCGCGCUCCUUCGAAACUACUUCCGCACGCCGCAGUCAGCCAACGGGUACCACAACUCGCUUGUAGGCGGCGACCGGGCCUGGGACACGCGCGGCGGGCGUGGUGGCGUGUGGACUGCCGAAGAGCAGACGUGGUUUCCGUGGGGUGAGAUCGACGGCGUGUGUGGCUCCGUGUCGCAGCUGCAAGAGGUUUUCCAGGAUAAUAAGGGUGUGUGGUUGCAUGAGCAGGAGGUUGGGAACGAGCAGGCGAGGCAUAUUCAGCAGCAGGAGUGGAAUAGACAGGUUGAGCAGAAACGGAGGAAGGAUGAUAUUCUGGAUAGGGAGAGGAAGGGAAAGAGUUUGGUAGAUGAUGUUGAGAGGCAGAGGAUGGAGGAUAUAGAGCGUGAUGCUCAGAUGGCUAGCGUGAAUGAAAUGGUGGGGAAGAUGGGGAGGAGAUGGAUCGCUUGA